AUGGCCGCCGCAACAACAUUACCCGCCUUGCUGGCGUCACUAACGCAGUCGCUGUCUCUCGCGCAAGAAGGAACCUCUAAAAUCUCCACAAUUGAGCAUCCCAAAGAUGGAAUCUCGCUUCUCGACGUCAAGAACGAGCUGCUGCUCUCAUAUCUCCAAAACCUGGUCUUCCUAAUCCUCGUCAAGUUACGGAAUGCCAAGUCGGACGGAAAGGAUGCGUCAAAAAAGAAGGACGAAGAUUUAGACGAAGUGGUGCGGUCGAAACUUGUUGAGCUGCGCCUGUACCUCGAAAAGGGAGCCCGACCGCUGGAAGAGAAGCUGCGAUUCUCCAUUGACAGAUUCCUACGAACGGCGGAAGAUGCGCAGCGACGAGAGAAGAUCAAGGAGAUCAAGGAUAGCGCCAAGACUGGCUCCAGCACAGAUGAAUCCGGCUCAGAUUCUGAACAAGACGAAGAUGAAGACGACUCUGAAGCCGAAGAGACUGGCUUCUCCAAGCCACAAACCAAGAACGGAGCCGCCCCUAACAUGGGCUCUCUCAUUGACGACGUCGCCAUCCGUCCCGCCCAACGCAGCGAAGAAGACGGCGCCCCUGCCGGCGUAUACCGCCCGCCUCGUCGCGAGCGCCAAGUCAUGGAAACGACAGAGACUCGCGAAAAGGCCGCUCGUCGCCCCAUGCGCUCACACACCAUGGAGGAAUUCGUUGCUUCCGAGCUCUCAUCCGCACCCAUGGCCGAGCCUAGCAUCGGCACAACCAUCGUCCAAGGCGGUCGCAGAAUGAAGACGACUCAAGAACGCAGAGACGAGGCCGAGCGGACCGAGUACGAAGAAGCAAACUUCACUCGUCUGCCUCAAGAGAGCAAGAAGGACCGUGCCAAGAAGGCGAAGCAGGCCAACCGAAGUGGUCGGAUGCAGUUUGGUGGCGAGGAGUGGCAUAAUCUCGGCGAGGGCAUUGAUCGUAUUGAUCGCCUGACGAAGCGAAAGGAGGGCGGUGCUGGUUCUGGCGUGAGAGCCAUGCUGGAGAAGAGCCGGAAACGUGGAGCUGAGACAGAAGAUGGGCCGAGAGGGAGUGGACACCAGAUGGGAGACAGAUUCCACAAGAAGGCGAGAUUGUUGGAUAUUGGACGAGGAAGCAGAGGCAAGGGACGGAAAUAG